GCGGUUAAAUAUAAUCACGGACAGGGACCUCGUAUGGCGAUAGCCUCGUCUUCUCCAGGAAAGCUCUGGCCAUAAUCAGCCCCAUGGAAGAGAUGGAAAGCGCCCUACACGCCGCGGUUCUUCGGGAACUAAUCCGAUUUCAGUGUCCAGGCGGCUUUCAGAAAGCCUCCCCCCCCCGUUUCUUAGCUAAAGCACCAAUCAGCCGCUGCUGGUACCCCCUAGCUCCGCCCAUUCAUUAUCGGCGACCAUUGAUUUUAUCCGGCCGCAGGUUUCACCUGCUCCUUCUAGUCUGCGCUGCAUCCGGGUUGGAUCCCGAACCUGGGGCUUCCCUCCUGAAUUGCCCCUCGAGAGAGCCUUGGCCACCUGCGAUUUGUGUAAGGGGCGACAAGCAGAGCAGCUGCGCUUCUAACACGGGGAUGAUUGUGUAAGCCAGAGCCUGCAGGGAGCCGGGAGCCGGAGGGAAGAGAAAGACACUUUUUGUGGCCUGUCUGCAUCUGUUCAAGAGAAAGUCCCCCUUUUUUGCCUCAGAAUUGGCAAUGUUUGGAACAGUAGUGAUUGGGAUUGGAAUUGCUGGAUCUGUACGAGUCAAAGACUUGCUGAAUCCUUUGCCUUCCAGUCCUGCUGAGCAUCUUAAAUUAUUGGGAUUUGUUUCUAGGAGAUCUCUAAAUGAUGUUUAUCAAGUCAAGCAAAUUAGUCUGCAAGAAGCUCUGGACAACCAGGAGGUCCAUGUUGCCAUCAUCAGUACAGAUAACCAAAACCACAUUGAGAGUGUAAGGACGUUCCUAGAGGCUGGCAAGCAUGUCCUUGUUGAGUACCCUUUGGCAUUGUCUACGAAGGCAGCCCAUGAACUUUGGGAGUUGGCAGAGCAGAAAGGUAAGAUCCUCCAUGUGGAACAUAUUGAACUAUUGACAGAGGAAUACAAACAACUGAAAAAAGAGGUGUCAGGAAAGGAGCUUGUGAAGGGAACAUUACACUUCACAGGUGGUCCAUUGGAUGAAAGAUAUUCAGGAUUCCCAUCUUUUAGUGGCAUUGCCCGCCUCACCUGGUUGGUGGAUCUUUUUGGGGAUCUCACUGUGACUUCUGCCACAAGGGAACAGCAGAAAGAAAAAAACUACUUCAGGAUGACAGUACAUUUUCAGACUGCAAACAAAAGGCCUCUGACUUGGAUUGAAGAAAGGGCUCCAGGGAUGAAACGGGAUAAGAAGAUCAACUUCUGUUUCAAAAGUGGAUGCUUGGAAUGUCUCCCCGAGGCUCCUCGUUCACCAGUUGGCCUUUUCAUGCAAGACCUGAUCAUCUUUGCCAAAAAACUUUUGGGACAGAUCCCCAAAGAGGAACUGACAGCUGAGAAAAGGCGGAUUCUGCUGUGUCUCAAUCUUGCUGAAGAGAUUCAAAUGCACUGUGAACGGCCAUCAAAAUUCUACUCUUGAAAGUGUGUGAGACUACUGGAUUCACCAUUUAAAACUGCCUCUUGUGCUCCCUGUUUAAAAUGUUCUUCUAAUUUUCCAGCUUCUCCAUUCUAUUAAGCAAGAUUUUUCUAACAAAGCCAGGUUUAAUUUUAAUCUGGCAGCACAGGGUGUAUAUAGAUACUAUCUUGCCUUAUUGCAAAACAACUUUCUAAUCAAAAGCUAGUGGACAAACAACUGAAUGCAUUUCUUCUUCUAGAGAUGCAAUAGCAAGAUAGUAUCAUUUUUUUCACAGUAUUCUUUCUCAGCAACAAAAUCUGUCUCUGAAGCAUUUUAGAUUCUGUAUGUAAGCCUUUCUAUAUAUUCAGUAUAAUGUUUAAGCAGACAUCAGUGUGUUGAAUAGCUUUACGUUUAUUGUUGGCCUCUGUUCAGUCUAAGUUGCUCUUUAAUCUGAAAUCUCCUUCCAGUUGCACGAAACAUUGAAAAUGGUGCCCCUGUAUUAUGUUUAUCUCUAAUGUUUAGCCAAAGUCUACACCCUACCUUUUAUAGGAGGAUAUUAAAUUAUACUGAAAAGGUAGAGAGUGAAAGGAGAUUUCUGGGUGGGAAUGUUUUUUUGGUUUGGCAAUUCCUCAUAUACCAUACUGACCUGUUCAAACAUAAUGUUGUGUGAACCCCUUCAGUUAUGAGUUAGUCAAUAAACGUUAUUUAAAAAUUG